AUUACUCCGUCAACAUCUACCAUGAUACCACUGGCCACCUCCGAUUCGCAAUGCUCCUCGGCGGCCCCAGCAACACGCAAGCAAGCCUGGAGAAGGCCGCGGAAGAUGCGCUAAAGGCGGGUGCCGCUGGCGGAACAAUGGUCCUUCAGAGUCCGGACGGAACUCUGGUCGGUCGCCCCUUCGGAAGCGCGUGGUGGUCGGACGGAAGCGGAUGGCAGGUCAUUCCAAAGGACUUCCUCAAGUCGACUGUGAUCCAGCUUUCCGACGUCGUGGUGCCGAGCACAAUUAAAGCUCCCCUUCAGAUUGUUAUGAAUCUGAAACCUACUUCGUGGCUGAAAGCACGUACGUGA